UUUAAAAGCAAUGAAGAAAGAAUAUUAGUAUAAAACUAAUUUCCUAACUCGUUGUUUUGGGUGGGCAGUUGUAUAUUUUUUUGCAAAUGGCAUCAAACCUUAAGAUAAAUGGUAUUUGGUUGAAUUUAUUGGGUUAAGAUCCUAGAGAUUUCUUCUUAAUUACUGAAACAACUAUUUACUAGUCUCUGAAAUUCACUCAUAUUUAUUUGACCAAGGUUUGGUUUUUAUUUUUUCAAACACGGAUCAUACUUCGUUUCUUGGGUUUGGUUACAAAUCAUGAGUUUAUUCUAGUUGGGCUUGAAGUCUUCCUUUUUUUAAAUUUUACAUUUAAAAGCAAUAGUGAAAGAAUAAUGGUAGUUAUGCUUGGUCUCUACCAACUUUUUCCAAAGCCCAUCAAAUCUUAAGAUAAAUGGUAGUUAAUUGAAUUCUUUAAGUUAGUAUAAAGAUCCCGAGAACCUCCUUCCAAAAAACCUUACAACUCUUUACUAGUCUCGUAAAUUUACUCAUAUUUACUCAAAAAUCUAGAUGGCAAAGCAUCCAAUUUUAUAUAAAAGUUUGUUAAGUUUAUUGUCUAAGUUAUUUUAAGUGCGUAAGUUUGAUUGCUUUGCAGUGCGUUUAAAAUCAUUUAACAUUAUGUUUGGCUUUAUAUAGGUCGCAGACGCGUACGGUGAAGCUCCGAGCAUUGUUAAACUGGAUUUAGGAGUGGGCAUUAUAAAGCUAAGUUAGUGUUUUGAGUCAGUUCAUGCAUGAUCCAAGGAAACCACAUCUAGAAGCAGCCUAUAGGGUUCUUCACUACCUAAAAGGAAGUCCAGGGCAAGGGAUAAUAUUCAGGAAGGGUGGGCAAUUAUCAGUCCAAGCCUUCACUGAUGCAGAUUAUGGUGGCUCCCUCGUUGACCGCCGGUCAACUACUGGUCCCUGUGUUUUCCUAGUAGGAAACCUCGUGACAUGGAGAAGCAAAAAACAGAAGGUUGUGGCACGAUCAUCUGCUGAAUCUGAGCUAAGAGCUCUUGACCAUGGCUUAUGUGAACUUCUAUGGAUCAGAAUUAUUCUCUUAGAUUUACAAAUCAAGUGGAAAGGACCAAUGGAAUUGAGGUGUGAUAACAAAUCAUCAAUCAACAUAGCUCAUAAUCCAGUCCAACAUGAUCGGACCAAGCAUAUUGAGAUUGAUAGACACUUUAUCAAAGAAAAGGUUGAAGGAGGUCUGAUCGAACUAAGCUACACUCCCUCAGAAGAUCAAGUUGCAGAUGUGUUUACCAAACCUCUGCACAGUCCUAGGUUCCAGGGUCUUAUUGUCAAGCUAGGCAUGACGAAUAUCUACAAACCUAGCUUGAGGGGGAGUGUUGAUAAAACGAAGAGACAUCAUUAAUCUAGGAUUUAUUUUCCUUAUUAUUACUGUAAUUAUGUAUCUUUAGUGCUUCAGGUUGUAUUUAAUAGCUGCUGUCUUUUCAGUUCUCAAUCAUUUAUGUUUAGUAUUUAGACAGUCACCUAGGGUGCUGAAUAGACUCUCUCAGGAUUCCUA